GCCGUUGACAUCGAACAUAGUCGAGCUCUAGCUAAACCUAUAGAAACAACUCAUCAACCGAGUGGCUGAAGUCUGAAAGUGCAAUAAAAAAGCCAAAAAAGUGUUAAUUUAUUUAAAAAAGAAACGACAACAGUUAAUACUAAUAGAAAAUGCGUGGAAUUGCUAUCGUUUUCUUAGCCAUCGUGGCCUGUACGAGCGCCUAUCCUGUAGAGGAGCAACAGAUCAGUGUGCAACUGCCUGAAAGCUCACAACAAGUAGUUGUUGAAAAGGAUGCAGUAGUGCCCGAAGCCUCCGAAAUUGUACAGAUUGUAGCGGUACCGGAAUCUGAUGGAGAUCAAUCCAAAAUUCAACAACUUUUAGAUGUUGAUGCGGGUGUUCCAGCAAGCAUUGAGGCAGCUCGUGAAGCCCGUCAGCGCUAUGGAGGUUUCGGCGGCUUCGGACGUCAACCGGGUUAUGGUGGUUACGGAGGUUACGGAGGUUAUCCUGGUUAUGGUGGCUUCGGAGGUUACCCAGGUUAUGCUGGCUACGGAGGUUACCCUGGUUAUGGUGGCUAUGGACGUUAUCCAGGCUAUGGACGUUAUCCAGGUUACGGAAUCGGUGUUGGUUUUGGUGGAAUUGGAUUUUUGGGCUAAAGUGUUUGAGCGGAAUUGAAUUCAUCAAUUGUGAUAAAAGUCUUAUAAUCGUUAGAAAGUAAAUUAUUUAAAUUAUUUUAAAGAGUAUGUAUGUACACACACAACUAUUUAUUUAACGAAGAAAAAAUCAAAAAUAAAGAAUUCGUUAUUAAAAAAGAA